AAUGGCCCGGUUCGGGGACGAUGUUCCGGGCUUGCUUGGCUCCGGGGACGGCGGCUCCGAGCGCAACCGGAAUCGGGAUGGAGCGACCGUGUCCACGGGGGGCAUCUCGCCCGCCUUCAAGCAGACCAAAGCGCAGCGGGCCCGCACCAUGGCCCUGUACAACCCCAUCCCCGUCCGGCAGAACUGCCUCACCGUCAACCGCUCCCUCUUCAUCUUCGGGGAGGACAACGUGGUCAGGAAGUAUGCGAAGAAGAUCACCGAGUGGCCUCCAUUUGAAUACAUGAUCCUGGCCACCAUCAUCGCCAACUGCAUCGUCUUGGCCCUGGAGCAGCAUCUCCCCGGAGAGGACAAGACCCCGAUGUCCAAGAGACUGGAAAAGACGGAGCCAUACUUCAUCGGCAUGUUCUGCCUCGAGGCCGGGAUUAAGAUCAUCGCCCUGGGCUUUGUGUUCCACAAGGGCUCCUACCUGAGGAAUGGGUGGAACGUCAUGGACUUCAUCGUGGUCCUCAGCGGGAUCCUGGCCACAGCAGGGGCCCAUAUGAACAUACCCGUGGACUUGAGGACCCUGAGGGCAGUGCGCGUGCUGAGACCCCUCAAGCUGGUAUCAGGCAUCCCUAGUCUCCAGAUCGUCCUGAAGUCCAUCAUGAAGGCCAUGGUUCCUCUGCUCCAGAUCGGCAUGCUGCUGUUCUUCGCCAUCCUCAUGUUCGCCAUCAUCGGCCUGGAGUUCUACAGCGGCAAGCUGCACCAGACCUGCAGGCCCCAGCUGGGGAUUCUGGAGAACCAGACGGUGGACUCGUCCCUGUCCGAGUUCCCCUGUGGGGUGCGCCAGUGUCCGGACAAGUACACCUGCACCGAGGGCUGGAUCGGACCCAACGACGGCAUCACCCAGUUCGACAACAUCCUGUUCGCCCUACUCACUGUGUUCCAGUGCAUCACCAUGGAGGGCUGGACCACGGUGCUCUAUAAUGUACUGUUCUGCUCUCAUCUCCAUGGUGGCAGUCGGAGGAGGCGGCCCUACCUGUACAGGAAGAGGGCCAUCCAUCGCAGCCGGCCGGCCCACUCCUACUCCCUGGAGGAGAGCCAGGGCAGCUUCCGGGAGGCCUUCCCGCCGCCCCCUCUCAACCCCUGUAACUCUUUCAUGUCCAGGAGGGAGCGGCGGCGACGCAUGACCAUGUCCGUGUGGGAGCAGCGGACCAGCCAGCUGCGGAGGCACCGGCAGAUGUCCAGCCGGGAGGUGCUGCACAACAGCACCGGCGGCGAGGAGGCCAAGGACGGAGCCGCCGCCGCCGCCGCCGCCACGCCGCCACCGGGGGUACUCCCGCACCCGCUGUCCGUGCACGGCAAACACAACCAGAGCACCCCGCUGGGCAGCCUCAAGCACCUGUCCGCGGCGGACCCCCUGGCCUCGCCGAACCCCCCGCCCCCGGCGGAUCCCACGGCCCCCCUUGGCCCUGGCGGUGCCGGACCGCCGCCCGAGUCGGAGCCGGCGGCGGAGAGGGGGGGCCACUACGGCCCCGUCAACGGGUGCCGGAGCCCCAUGCGGAACGGCGAGCGGCGGCACCGCGCCGCGAAGAAGUUCCGCCCGCCCGCCGCCGCGGACGCCCUGACCCCGGAGAUGGCGGGGGGUCACGGCGCGCCGGUCAGGGGCCGGAGGAGGGGGCCGGGCAGGGGUCAGGGGGGCCAGCGCUCGGCCAGCAGGUCCGUCAGCCGGGAGCGGAGGUCGAGGAGCGGGGGGGAGGAGGAGGAGGAGGAGGAGGCCGGGGGGGAGAAGCUCGGAGGGGGGAGACCAAAGGGAGAACACAGUUCUGACCCAGGUCUGUCAGAGGGCCAGAACCAGACCCACGCCCCCUGCCCUCAGAACCAGGGGGGCCAGGCAGAGCAGUGGGAGCCCCCCGGUCUCCGGCCACCCUCUCCCCCUGGUGAUGACAGCGGAGGUCCCGACCACAGCGCCGCCCUGUGCCUGGACCAGGACCAGCUGGGCUCCAGUGUGACCAUAGACAUGCCCAACGUACACUCUGCCAUGGAGCUCUCCACUAUCACAGUGAACAGUAAGGAUUCGGAGGGCUGUCCGUCAGAGAAGGGGGAGACGGAGGACAGCAAGCCCGUCAGCACCGUCCCCCCUAACAGCAUGUUCAUCUUCAAACCCGACAACCCGGUGCGGCGGGCCUGCCACUAUGUGGUGAACCUCCGGUACUUUGAGACCUGCAUCCUGCUGGUCAUAGCUGCCAGUAGCAUAGCACUGGCAGCCGAGGACCCUGUUGAUACCGCCUCGGGCUGGAACAAGGCGCUGCGAUAUUUUGAUUAUGUGUUUACUGGAGUCUUCACCUUUGAAAUGAUUAUCAAGAUGAUUAACAUGGGUCUGAUCCUCCACGACGGCUCAUACUUCAGAGACCUCUGGAACAUCCUGGACUUCAUCGUUGUGAUCGGAGCGCUGGUGUCUUUCGCCCUCACCAAUGUGUUGGGGAACAAUAAGGGCCGGGACAUUAAGACCAUCAAGUCUCUGAGAGUUCUGCGCGUCCUCAGACCGCUGAAGACCAUCAAGAGGCUCCCUAAACUCAAGGCCGUGUUCGACUGCGUGGUCACGUCUCUGAAGAACGUCUUCAACAUCCUGAUCGUCUACAAACUCUUCAUGUUCAUCUUCGCCGUCAUCGCCGUGCAGCUCUUCAAGGGGAAGUUCUUCUACUGCACCGACGGCUCCAAGGACACGGAGAAAGACUGCCAGGGCUACUACAUCGACUACGGGAAGGACAAGAAGGAGGUGAGGAGGCGGGACUGGAAGAGACACGAGUUCCACUACGACAGCGUGGUCUGGGCCCUGCUCACCCUGUUCACCGUGUCCACCGGGGAGGGAUGGCCGCAGGUUCUGCAGCACUCUGUGGACGUGACGGAGGAGGACAGAGGACCCAGCCGGGGCAACCGGAUGGAGAUGUCCAUCUUCUACGUCAUCUACUUUGUGGUGUUCCCCUUCUUCUUCGUCAACAUCUUUGUGGCGCUCAUCAUCAUCACCUUCCAGGAACAGGGGGACAAGAUGAUGGAGGAGUGUAGCCUGGAGAAGAACGAGCGGGCCUGCAUAGACUUUGCCAUCAGCGCCAAGCCGCUGACCAGAUACAUGCCCCAGAACCGCCACACCUUCCAGUACCGUCUCUGGCACUUCGUGGUGUCGCCCUCCUUCGAGUACACCGUGCUGGCCAUGAUCGCCCUCAACACCAUCGUGCUGAUGAUGAAGUACUAUUCAGCCCCACCGGCCUACGAUGCGGUCCUGAAGCACCUGAACACGGCCUUCACCGUUCUCUUCUCCGUCGAGUGCAUCCUCAAGAUCAUGGCCUUUGGCUUCCUGAACUACUUCAGAGACACCUGGAACAUAUUCGACUUCAUCACCGUCUUGGGAAGCAUUACGGAGAUCGUGGUCAUGCAGUCGGACGACACGUUCAACAUGAGCUUCCUGAAGCUGUUCCGCGCGGCGCGGCUGAUCAAGCUGCUGCGGCAGGGCUACACCAUCCGCAUCCUGCUGUGGACCUUCGUCCAGUCCUUCAAGGCCCUGCCCUACGUCUGCCUGCUCAUCGCCAUGCUCUUCUUCAUCUACGCCAUCAUCGGCAUGCAGGUGUUUGGGAACAUAAAGCUGGAUGAGGAAACGCAUAUCAAUCAACACAACAACUUUAGGACCUUUUUCGGUGCUCUGAUGCUGCUCUUCAGGAGUGCUACAGGGGAGUCGUGGCAGGAGAUCAUGCUGUCCUGUCUUGGGGGGCAGCGCUGUGAGCUGCCCGCCUCUCAUACUCCUGCGCUGCUGACCUCCGACCAGGAGGGGGGCUGUGGGACCGACUUUGCAUACUUCUAUUUCGUCUCCUUCAUCUUCUUCAGCUCCUUCCUGAUGCUGAACCUGUUUGUGGCGGUGAUCAUGGAUAACUUUGAGUACCUGACCAGAGACUCGUCCAUCCUGGGCCCUCACCACCUGGACGAGUUUGUGCGCAUCUGGGGGGAGUACGACCGGGCUGCGUGUGGUCGUAUCCAUUACACUGACAUGUAUCAGAUGUUGACCAACAUGUCGCCACCUCUAGGCCUGGGCAAGAAGUGCCCCUCCAAGUUGGCCUAUAAGAGGCUGGUUCUCAUGAACAUGCCCGUGGACGAGGGGAUGAAGGUCCACUUCACCUCCACCCUCAUGGCUCUCAUCCGCACCGCCCUAGAGGUCAAGAUAGCCAGAGGGGGUGAGGACCGGGGUCAGAUGGACAUCGACCUGCAGAAGGAGAUCGCUGUGAUCUGGCCUCACGUUUCCCAGAAGAACCUAGACCUGCUGGUUCCCAUCCACAAAGCCAGCGAUAUGACCAUCGGGAAGAUCUACGCCGCCAUGAUGAUCAUGGAUUACUACAAGCAGAGCAAAGCCAAGAAGCUCCGGCAGCAGCUGGAGGAUCAGAAACACGCUCCGAUGUUCCAGCGUAUGGACGCGUCCUCUCUGCCGCAGGACAUCCUGUGCAGUGCCAAGACGCUGCCCUUCCUAACGCACAGCGCCGGAUCAGCCCUUACCAGGGGAGGUUUUGUGGCCCUCAGCCCCAUCUCCCCUCAGGACAUGUUCCUGCAGCGUCCUUUGUCUCACGCCCUUGAUAAGGAGGAGGAGGAGGACUACCGCCACCCACCCUACAGACGCUACCACCACCCCAUCCAGCAGCACCCCCACCACCACAUGCACACACUGGUACCCGAGGUGGUGGAGUACGACAGGGUGAUGAAACAGACUGCCGCACAGGACCCCGCUGCUGUGGUCAGAUCUCCGGGGAGGACUGCCUCCAUCCGGGCCUCCUCCAUGCCCAGGCUGGCUGUGGUGGACCCCCAGUCGGGAGCAGCAGCAGACAGUAAGCUGAUGAAGCGCUCCUUCUCCACCAUCGGGGACCAGUGUGUGAACGGCCUGUGGCAGGAGGAGCACUCCCUGGAGAAGAUCAGCCCUGACUGUGCCUACCGGCCGCGCCAGAGGAGCUACCGAGGGCCCAGAGUGACCCACAAAGAGGCCGGGGCCCACGAGAGAGGCCGCUCAAAGGAACGCCGCCACCUGCUGUCGCCUGACGCGUCGCGGUGCAACUCGGAGGAGCGCAGCCAGGACCAAUCCAGCGAGAGGAGGCGUUCCCGCUCGCCCAGUGAGGGGCGGGCGAGGGACCUGCAGAGACAGGCCGCCGCCCCCGGCAGCCCGGCCCACUCGGCCACCGACGGCGGGACGCCGCGCGGCCGGCGGCAGCUCCCCCAGACGCCCUCCCGCCCGCGGCCCUUCAUCUCCUACUCCCCCCUGGUGUCCCGGGGGGCCGACCCGUCCUCCACCCCCCCGGCGGCGCCCUCCUCCACCAACACCACCACCACCACCACCACGCAGCCCCCCCAGGACCACCACCCCGGGGGCUUCGUCGAGGGCCCCUGGAGGGCGGAGCGGGAGGGGGGUGCUCACCCAGCUGCAGCGGGUCCCGGCGGCGGCCCCCCGGCAGGGCUCCACUCCUCGCCACACCGCUACAUCUCGGAGCCCUACCUCCCCUUCCACCAGGGCCCCCACGGCGGCGGCGGCGGCGGCGGCGGGGGGGCCGGGGGGGAGGCGGGCGACGGCGAGGAGACUCUGACGUUCGAGGCCGCCAUAGCGACCAGCCUGGGCCGCGCCAACGCCAUCAGCUCGGCCCCCCAGCUCAGACACUCCUGGCAGGUGCCCAACGGCCACUUCAUGAAGCACCGCGUGCAGGCCAGCGCCGGACAGCCGGUGAGCGACACGGACGAGGACGACCGUUGCUAA